CUCCCCCCGUAUCAGAGGAGUAGAAACAACAAGCCGCCAUUUUGUUUGUGCGGACCGUCAGAAACAGGAGGAGAUAACCGAAGAGAAGGAGCGACUCCGCCGACCGACUGCAGCCGCUCCGAGGAACCGCCGCGGGAAGGAAAGAGUGGCGAAAUCCCGUCGGUGUUAUCAAGAGAGGAGAGCGAGAAAGCAUCGGCAGAAAAAAAAAAACAAAACAGAUAAGACGUCAGUGGAGGGAAAACCGAGUCGGCGAUAGAUAUGUGUGCAUGAGAAGGAAAUACUCCGAAAAAUCCAAGGAAGGGGGUGUUUGCGGAGAGGAGAGGCGGAAGAGGGCUAUAUAUUAUCAACCCGAGGAGAGAAAACCUGCGAGGAAAGGGGAAAACAUCAACAUGAAAAAUCAGUAUGUGUCCGUCGCCGAGGAAGGAAAGAGUCCGCAUAGACAAUUAUAUAAAUAAAUUGCUGCCGGGCAGAAGGGAGAGGUGGAAAGAAAGACGGGUUUAAAGAGAAGGGGGAAAAUUGCCAAGAUCAACACGAAGGGGGGCAUUCUCCAUCACAAAGAGUCAAUGAGAGGAUUUUGUCAGCCCAAAAUAUUUUAAGGAGGGUGUCAAGAUUUGGUGUGCCGAUGUGAAGCUUUCCGCUUCCGAAAUAGCCAUAAUUUCUCAGCGACCCACCGUCAAUUUUUUUUAAUCACAUUUUCGCCUGUCGCCGUAGCUGUGCUCCGGGUUUUUUAUUAUUAUUAUUUUUAUUAUAAUUAGUAAUAUCUCUUUUUUUUUUCUUCUUCACUCGCCUUGCCAAGACAUCCUACAAAGCAGCUGGGUGAUUUAACUAUAUAUCUUUUUUUUUUUUUUGCAAAUAUUAACCAUUUUUUUUCCUGAGAUUUCAAGUGGAGGAGGAACCUCAUCUGGAGCACACACACACACACACGCACGCAUACAAGAUAAGUAACCACACACACACACACACUCUCACGCACGCACGCACAGAUCUGCAAGAAUAAAAACUCAUUGGAUCAAUCUGACUUUGCUCUCUGAUUGGCAAUCCUCGCUCUGCUCCGUGCGAACUAUUCAAAGAAAUCAAGUCAACACCAGAAGAUUGCACAAGAGGAGAGGAUUUUUCUCAUUUUUUUUUCUUCCCAACCUUUUGCCAAACCUCUGCUUGACUGCAAUAGGCAUAAAAAACAGAGAGAGAGAGAGAGGUGAGGAGGGGGGGCGGGUUGCAACAACCAAAUGUGCAAUACAGUGAGUGUGUUCUUUCUGACCCAGUGCCUUGCAUGGUCAAACACUUAAGUGCACAAUUUUAGUCAGCAUGCACAUGCAAAAGCAAACUCAUGCAUGGAAAUAUACACCAUCGAUAGAUCUGGUUUUUAUCUAAGUCUUUCUGCAGAGACUAUUUAUUCAGUUACUGCUAAGCCAAUGCAAGUCUCUCACUUGAGAGUACCUCUGACGCUUUAAUUGCUUUUUUUUUUUUUUUAACUACUUGUACUGCCACACUGCCUUUUUGGUUUUCUGGCAGUGAGAUGUCUGGUCAGGUAAAUGCAACCGAGGAUCUCAUAACUGUUGCGUGAGUGCAAGAGAGAGAGAGAGAGAGCACGGCCUCCAAGAAGUUUUUUGGAUCACAAUUAUCUUUUUCCUGUCCUCACCCCUUGAGACAACUCCAACAACUGGAGACCUGGAAAACACAAAACAAAUCAAGGAUUUCUCCGCCGACUAUGGCGGACGGGACUGAGUGCAGCAGCAGCAGCAGCAGCACGGAGGACGGAUCUUGGGACAAUUUUUGUGUCGCAGAAGAGGCUACAUGAGGUUGUCAGAGGGCCGCACGCUUGCCUUUUUUGCCGACUCCACCUUCCCACCUCCUCCUGUUCAAAUCUGUGAAGAAACAAAAUCUCCGACAGGGGAGGGGGACUGAUAUCUGCAGAGAGAGAGAGAGAGAGAGAGUGAGUGGGGGAAUAAACCGAGAGGAGUUCAACAUUGCUGUCUUCUCCCCUACCGUCCCCCCAAGCGGUGGGGGAACGAUCAGAAGAAGCGUUUCUUAAAGGGAUAAAGGAGACGCUAAUAAAAGGGAAUUAACCCUCCGUGGAUCUACAGCUGUUUUUUUUUGUGUUUUUUUUUUUUUAUAUAUAUAUAAUUCGUCAAAAAUAUGGCCGAUAAUGUCCUGGAGUCCGGCCCGCCUUCAGCCAAGAGGCCCAAGCUGUCCUCUCCAGCUCUGUCGGUGUCCGCCAGUGAUGGAAACGAUUUUGGUUCACUCUUUGACCUGGAGCAUGACCUCCCAGACGAGCUCAUCAGUUCUUCGGACUUGGGGCUGACCAACGGAGGGGAUGUCAACCAGCUCCACACCAGUCUUGCAGGACUCGGAGGAGGGAUCGGUUUGGGAGGCCAGGAUGCCGCUGCGAAACACAAACAGCUCUCUGAGCUCCUGCGCGCUGGAGCACCAGCACAGCAGGGCGGCCCUACUUCCAACAGCACAGCACCCGGGGCUUCUAUGGGGAUGAUGGGGGGUGUCGGUGUCUCCCCCGGUGGACCUCAAGGCAUGCCACCCCAGGGCCAACAGCAGCAAGCUGGACUAAUGCAGCAGGUUGGGAUGGUUGGAGGGGUGGCAGCACUGAAUCGGGCAGCUGCCAUGAUGGGCGCCCAGAAGCCCAAUCCUGGACAGCAGCAGCAAGGCCUGAUGGGGGGGCAGGUGAUGAAUGGGUCGCCAAGAAUGGGUUACCCUGGCAGUGCCGGCAUGGGUAACAAUAGUAAUCUGUUGGCGGAGACCCUGCAGCAGGGUGGUCAACAAUUGGGACCUGGGGGUCAGGCAGGGAUGAGACCACAGCAACCCGGAGCACUGAACAAGAUGAAUAUGAUGGCCAACGCGGGCCCCUAUGGUGGUCCGUAUGGCCAGUCCGCUGGCCAGGGGCUGCCUGGAGCAGGGCUGGGCCCACAGCUCCAGAAUAAGGCAGGCCUGCCCAACAAUAUGGCCACCCAGUUCAACAUGGACAAGAAGGCACCACCUGGUCAAGGCAUGCCUGGGAUGGCCUCUCAGCAGCAGCAGCCAGGAGCAGUUGGUGGCGUAUCCGUCGGCGGAGCACCAGCAGUAGGAGGCGCCCAGGUCGGGCUCAAUGCCGUAGGGACGGGUCCCGGCGCAGUGCCCCCUACCGCAGACCCCGAGAAACGGAAGCUGAUCCAACAGCAGCUGGUCCUCCUGCUCCAUGCGCACAAGUGCCAGCGGAGGGAGCAGGCCAACGGGGAGGUGCGGCAGUGCAACCUGCCCCACUGCCGCACCAUGAAGAACGUGCUCAACCACAUGACUCAUUGCCAGGCUGGCAAGUCCUGCCAGGUGGCGCACUGUGCCUCAUCCAGACAGAUCAUCUCUCAUUGGAAGAAUUGCACACGACACGACUGUCCGGUAUGCCUGCCGCUGAAAAACGCUGGAGACAAGAGGAAUCAGCAGUCUCUUGUUAACAGUGCCGGUGUAGGUCUGGUGAACUCUUUAGGUUCAGGAGUGCCCGGCGGACAGUCCAACACUCCAAACCUGAACCCUCCAAACCAGAUCGACCCCAGCUCCAUAGAGAGGGCCUACGCUGCCCUGGGUCUCACUUACCAAGGCAACCAGAUGCCACAGCAGCCGUCGCAGGCCAACAUGCCAAACCAGGGGAUGCAGGGGCAGCCUGGGAUGAGGACUCUAAACACCAUGGGAGGAAACUCUAUGGGAGUGAACGGUGGAGUGGGAGUGCAACCCCCCAACCAGCAGUCCAACCUACUGCCAAACGCCAUGCUGCACGGCAACAUGAAUGCACAGAGCUUGAUGAAUGACGGUGUGGGGAACCUGGGCUCCAUGCCCACGGCAACUCCUCCUUCUGCUGCAGGCAUGAGGAAGUCUUGGCAUGAAGACAUCACGCAGGACCUCCGCAACCACCUUGUCCACAAGCUUUUGUGCAUGUGUGAGAGCAGCGUGCAGGCCAUCUUCCCCACUCCUGAUCCAGCUGCGCUGAAGGAUCGGCGGAUGGAGAAUCUGGUGGCUUACGCUCGAAAAGUAGAGGGGGACAUGUACGAGUCAGCCAACAGUAGGGCGGAGUAUUACCACCUGCUGGCAGAGAAGAUCUACAAGAUCCAAAAGGAGCUGGAGGAAAAGAGGAGGACACGACUGCAGAAGCAGGGCAUGAUGCCGGGACAACCUGGCUUAGCCUCCCCAGGCCUCCCACAGGGGCCUCCUAGCAUGGGACAGCUGCCUAUGGCCCCGGGGCAACCUCCAAAUGGUCCUCACGCCGAUCCGUCCAUGGUCCGACCGACUGGACCCAAUCAGAUGGUCAACAGGAUGCAGAACCCAGCAGGAAUGAACCAGUUUGGUCAGAUGGGAAUGCCGUCGAUGGGUCAGAGGUCAACACCUCCUCUUCCUCUUAAUGCUCCAAUGAACCAGAUGGGUAUGGCAGCAACAAGGAUGGGUCAGCCUAACGCCACACAGUUACCCAACCAGUACCUCCCUCCAGGCCAGUUCCCCGGGUCCAGUCCUGGACGUGGCUCUGGUCCUGUUGGCAUGAAUCAGCAGGGAGCGCAGACUGCUGCACCACAGCAGAACCAGAUGUCAACGCCGCCUUCCCACCCAGCCAGCAGCCCCGCAGCACAGUCUGCCCCUUCUGCUCCAGGCCCUGGAGCCCCUGGAGGCUCCAUGGGGCCUGGUAGUGCCAGUGGUGGUGGGCCCAUACCGAACUUGCCUCCAUCCUCCACCCCCACACAGCCCAACUCCUACCCUCACUGCCCACCCAUCCGAACAAACUCCCCAUCACCAGCACGCAGCUUAACGCCUCAGCCACAUCAAACGCCUCCCACAUUACCUCGCUCGCAGACCCCACAGCCACACACUCCCGGCACACCCCAGCUGCCACCUCCACAGCACCCCCAGCAACAGCAACAACAGCAACAACAACAACAGCAGCAACAGCAACAACAAGCUUCGCAGCAGCAGCAGCAGCAGCAACCACCACCGCCAUCAGGGCAGGCAGUGAACUCGGAGAAGCCCAGUCAGCUUCCACCACAGACGCUUGGGGGUGUGGCUUCCUCAGGCCCCCAAGCAGGUCAGGCUCCUUCAGUGCCUACUCAGAAUGCUCAUGUGCCAUUGCAGCGGCCGCAGACCCCACUAUCUCCAAAGCCUUCUCUGACGGCAGACGGGCCGGUGUCCUCACCGGCCUCGGUCAGCAGCAGUGCCGAUCCCAGCUCCCAGCUCACCCAGGCAGACGGUCCUGCUCCCAGUCAGGAAGACGUCAAAAUGGAGGUGAAGAAGCAGGAGGAUGACGACGAAGGGUCUGAAAGCCAAGGAGAAGGCAAGGGGAAGAUGGGCAAGGGUCAGCCAGAUAUAAAGAUGGAGGAGAAACCAGAGAUAAAGAAAGAGAAGCCGUCAGGAGACGGCUGUAAAGGCGAGCCCAUGGACACGUCUUCAUCCUCUGUGCCAUCGUCGGUAGCAACAGGUGAAGACAAGAAGCCCGAGGUGAAGAAGGAGCCCAAAGAGGAAGAGGAGGGGUCAGGGUCAACGGCCACCAACAGCUCCCCAGCCAGCGCUCAGAGCAAGAAGAAAAUCUUCAAGCCUGAGGAGCUGCGUCAGGCUCUGAUGCCCACCCUGGAAGCUCUGUACCGGCAGGACCCUGAGUCCCUUCCCUUCCGUCAGCCGGUGGACCCCCAGUUACUGGGAAUACCCGUACGUAUUCGAACUAGUAACAAAACUAACCUGGACUACUUUGACAUCGUGAAGAACCCCAUGGACCUGUCGACCAUCAAGCGGAAGCUGGACACGGGGCAGUACCAAGAGCCAUGGCAGUACGUCGAGGAUAUCUGGCUGAUGUUCAACAAUGCCUGGCUGUACAACCGCAAGACGUCCCGCGUCUACAAGUACUGCUCCAAGCUGGCCGAGGUGUUUGAGUCGGAGAUCGAUCCCGUCAUGCAGGGCCUGGGAUACUGUUGCGGGAGGAAGUUUGAGUUUUCCCCCCAAACUCUAUGCUGCUAUGGAAAACAAUUAUGCACCAUCCAACGCGACGCUGCUUAUUUUAGCUACCAGAACAGUUCACCAAAAUAUGGGCUUCUUGCUGACAGGUACCACUUCUGUGAGAAGUGUUUCAACGAAAUCCAAGGCGAGAGUGUUUCCCUUGGGGACGACCCCUCCCAGCCUCAGACGUCCAUCAACAAAGAACAGUUCCAACGAAAGAAGAACGACACACUCGACCCAGAAUUGCUUGUGGAAUGUAUUGACUGCGGUCGUAAAAUGCAUCAGAUCUGUGUCCUGCAUAAUGAAACCAUAUGGCCGUCAGGCUUCGUGUGUGACAACUGCCUCAAAAAGGCCAACAAGACGCGGAAAGAGAACAAAUACGCUGCCAAAAGGCUCCCUCAGACCAAGUUGGGUUGCUAUUUGGAGACACGAGUUAACGACUACCUCAAGCGUCAGACCCACCAUGAAACUGGCGAGGUCACCAUCCGCGUGGUCCACGUUUCAGACAAGGUGGUUGAGGUCAAGCCGGGCAUGAAGUCCAGGUUUGUUGACAGCGGAGAGAUGUCCGAGUCCUUCCCGUAUAGGAUGAAAGCCCUGUUUGCGUUUGAGGACAUCGACGGAGCGGAUGUGUGUUUUUUUGGCAUGCACGUUCAAGAGUACGGCUCGGACUGCCCGCCUCCCAAUCAGAGACGAGUGUACAUCUCUUACCUGGACAGCGUGCACUUCUUCAGACCUCGACACCUCAGGACUGCUGUCUACUACGAGAUCCUGCUUGGCUACCUGGAAUAUGUCAAGAGGCAGGGGUUUACAACGGGUCAUAUCUGGGCCUGUCCACCCAGUGAAGGGGAUGAUUACAUCUUCCAUUGUCACCCAGCGGACCAGAAGAUCCCCAAGCCGAAACGCCUCCAGGAGUGGUACAAGAAGAUGCUGGACAAGGCGGUCUCUGAGCGCAUUGUCCACGAUUACAAAGAUAUCUUCAAACAGGCAACAGAGGACCGGCUGACAAGUGCCAAGGAGCUGCCAUACUUUGAGGGCGACUUCUGGCCCAAUGUACUGGAGGAGAGUAUCAAGGAGCUGGAGCAAGAGGAGGAAGAGAGGAAGAGGGAGGAGAACAGUACCUCCAACGAGAGCACAGAUGCCACAAAAGGAGACAGCAAGAAUGCCAAAAAGAAGAACAAUAAAAAGACAAGCAAGAACAAGAGCAGCUUGAGCCGAGCCAACAAGAAGAAACCCGGGAUGCCCAACGUGUCCAACGAUCUCUCCCAGAAGCUCUAUGCCACCAUGGAGAAACAUAAGGAGGUCUUCUUUGUCAUCCGCCUCAUCGCUGGCCCCACCGCCAACUCUCUGCCCCCCAUCACUGACGCGGACCCCAUGAUGGCCUGUGACCUGAUGGACGGCCGCGAUGCCUUCCUGACGCUGGCCCGGGACAAGCACCUGGAGUUCAGCUCUCUGAGGAGGUCCAAGUGGAGCUCCAUGUGUAUGUUGGUGGAGCUGCACAACCAGAGCCAGGACCGCUUUGUCUACACCUGCAACGAGUGCAAACACCACGUGGAGACCCGCUUCCACUGCACUGUCUGCGAGGACUAUGACUUGUGCAUCACCUGCUACAAUAUUAAAGGUCAUGAACACAAGAUGGAUAAGCUGGGUCUUGGACUUGACGAUGACAGCAACAACCAGGCGGCAGCAGCUACCCAGAGCCCAGGAGACUCUCGCCGUCUGAGCAUCCAGCGCUGCAUCCAGUCGCUGGUCCACGCAUGCCAGUGUCGCAACGCCAACUGCUCCCUGCCGUCCUGCCAGAAGAUGAAGCGCGUUGUUCAGCACACAAAAAGCUGCAAACGCAAGACGAAUGGCGGCUGUCCCAUCUGCAAGCAGCUCAUUGCUCUGUGUUGCUACCAUGCCAAACACUGUCAGGAGAACAAAUGUCCCGUCCCGUUCUGUUUGAACAUCAAGCAAAAGCUCCGGCAGCAGCAGCUGCAGCACAGGCUCCAGCAGGCCCAGAUGUUGAGGAGGCGGAUGGCCAGCAUGCAGAGAGUGGGGCAGCCAGCCGGAGGGGCACCAGGAGGACCUGUUGUAGGACUUCCAUCACCGGGGAACAAUGGUACGGCGCCCAGUACCCCAACUGGUGGAACCCAACCUCCAACACCCCAGACCCCGACUCAGGCCAUGCCCCCAGGCCCACAGCAGGGAAUGGGCCCUGGACCUGGAGUUCAACAGCAGCAGCAGCAGCAGCCAGGUGGGAUGCCCACACAAAGCGGCAUGCCUCCUCAGCACCAGCUUCACCACCAGUUCCAGCAGAUGGCGGGUGGAGGAGGUGGGGCUGGGGGGAUAAUGGGCUCUCCCCAACAUCAGCAGCAGCAGAUGCAUCCUCAGGUCCAGCAGCAGCAGCAGCAAAGUGGAGCAGGGACCAACCCUCAACAGCUCCAACAGCACCCCAACAACUUGCCUCCGUAUGCCAGCAGGCCGCCGGGUUCCUCCCCGAUGCAUCAGUCCCAAGGCAAGCCGGUCCUCGGCUCCGCAACACCUCCCCAGCAGCAGCCUGGUGGCGCUGUCAUGCCUGGAAAUGUUGUGGGCCAACAACCUCCCAGUCAGCCCCAGGGCCAGCCUCCACUCUCGCAGCAGCAACAGCAUCCCCCUUCCGGUCCUCCACCGGCAGCAGUAGAAAUCGCCAUGAAGAUCCAACAGGUAGCCGACGCUCAGAGGAAGAUGGCUCUACAGAGACAUGCACCUGCAGGAAUGAUGCCUACUCACCCUCACCAUCAACAGGGUCAAGGUCAGCAGAUGGGAAUGGGACACCCAGGGACGGUAGGAAUGGUUGGACCCCAGGGCAUGCCACCACAGACACAAGCAGCAGUGGCAGUUGCUCGAGCCCACAUGGAUCAACCGCAAGGCGCUCCACCAGGGAUGAUGGUUGGCGCUGGUGGUCCCAUGCAGCAACCCCCUCAGCAGGGUAACAUGCCUCAGAACCAGCUGCCCCCUCAAGUACAGCUUCAACAGCAGAGGAUGGGCGCUCCACUUCAAAACCCUCAACAGCAGCAGCAAUGGGCAGGUCAGGGGAUGCCACCACAGCAGAGGCAAGCUAUGAUGAACCAAAUGGGCCAUCCAGCCAUGAUUGCAGCUCAACAACAACAACAACAGCAGCAGCAGCAAAUGCAACAACAACAGCAACAACAGCAGCAGCAGCAGCAGCACCAACAAGCUCAGGGCCAUGCUGCCUUGAUGAAUAUGGCACAACAGCAGCAGCAGCAGCAGCAACAGCAGCAAGGUGCCGGUGGCGGCAUCCCAGGUGGAGCGGUCCCUGGAGCUGCUGGUAUACCAGGGGUUGGUGCUGCAGGUGGGAACAUCCCCCAAGCAGCCCUCCAGGAGCUGUUACGGACUCUCCGCUCGCCCAGCUCACCCCUCCAGCAACAGCAAGUCCUCAACAUCCUGCGCUCAAACCCACAGCUCAUGGCUGCUUUCAUCAAACAGAGGGCCUCGAAGUACAAAGGGGGCGGCCCGGGUGCGCCCGGUGGUGUCCCAGGAGGUCCUGGACCCACAGGGGGUCCUGUUGGUAAUGUCAUGGCAGGAGGGGGCCCACAGGUGAACAUGAAUGCGGCAGGUCCAGGCCAGCCAGGUAUGCACAUGGGGGGUCAGGGAGGGACGAAUGUCAACAUGGCCACGAUGGCCCAGCUACAGCAAGUACAGCAGCAACAGCAGCUGCAGCAGCAACAGCAACAACAACAACAGCAGCAGCAGUUGCAACAGCAACAGAGGCCGAUGCUCAGCAGUUUACAACAGCAGCAAGUUGCAGCUCUUCAGCAGCAACAGCAGCAAGGGGGAGGAAGAGGCAUGCCGGGUCAGGGGCCACAGAUGGGAAAUCUCAGCAACCCCCAGUUUAGGGAGUUGAUGAUGAGGCGGCAUCUCCAGCAACAGCAGCAGCAGCAGCAACAACAACAACAACAACAGCAACAGCAACAGCAGCAACAACAAAUGGGAGUGAAUCAUGGUCAGUUUCAACAGCCACAGCCACCACAAGGGCAGGGCUACAUGGGGCAGCCUGGGAUGCAGCCUCCUUCAGUGGGACAGGGCCCACCUGGAGGUCCGCCACAUGUCCCUCAGCAGCCUGGAGGUCCCCCAGGCCAGCAGGGACAAGGUUACCCAGGGUCAGUGGCACAGCAGCAGGCCACAGCUGCACUCCAGCAGAGGCUCCAGCACCAGCACCACCUCCAGAUGCAGCAGCAGCAGCAGAAUGCCAUGGCUGGUCUGCAAGGCGGUGAUGCAGGUGGAGGGGGUGUAGGAGGCCCUCAGCAGCCACCUCAAGGCCCUCAGCCCACACAGGGCGGCCCCCCAUCUCAGGCUCUGAUCCAGCAAGCCCUCCAUCAGAGGCUGCUCCAGCAGCAGCAGCAACAUCUCGGCCCUGGAGGGGGGUCACCAGUUCAGCACAGCAAUCCCAUGAGCCCUCAGCAGCCACAGCAGAUGUCCCAGUCGCCACACCCACACCUGCAGGGCCAGACGCUGCCCACAUCGCUGGCUAACCAGGUGCGAUCCCCACAGCCUUCACCAAGACCCCAGUCCCAGCCGCCACACUCCAGCCCGUCCCCGCGCAUGCAGCCUCAGCCCUCGCCGCAUCACAUCUCCCCGCAGAUGCAGACGGGUUCCCCGCACCCGGGCCACCUGAACCAGCACCACCCAGGCAUGGUGGUCCCGCCACAACAACAACAACAACAACAACAGACCCAACAACAGCAACAGAACUCUAUGGAGCAGUUUGGGUCGGACCCGAGCGCCAUGCUGUCUCAGCUGAGCGGCAUGGCCGGUCUCCACGGGCCGGGGGGAAACGGUCAGGACCCGCUGGGCCAGAACAUGAAUCACAACCCUUUAGACAUCAUGUAGGAAUUCUACUUAACGUGUCAAGUCGAGCUCACGCUCUGUGAUUCUUCGCACAAACUGCACUCACCCAGGACAGUGUUAUUGUUAUUACUUAGCCUUCUUUUUUUAUACUAUUAUUAAAUGUUAUUUAAAAUGUUUUCAAUAAAGAUGCAUUGAACUGAACUUCCUAUGGGAGAUGAACAAUAAAUCAAGCAGUCGUUAAAUAAAUUAGAAUAAAUGAAUUGUAAGUUAUUGCUGUUAAUAUAUUUUUUUGCCAAUUGUGGACAAAGAGGGGAGGGCGACGGUUUCUCGAGCACCCUCCCUCACCUCCACCUCUCGCUGAAUUACAAGAAAGGUGAUAUUUUUUGGGGGGUAAAUAGGAGUAAUUGCCUUUUUUAAGAAAAUGUUUUUAAGAUUUUAAAAGUGGUCGAGAAUUAAAGAGGAGAUGAUUUAAUGCAAAGAACUUUUUUUAUCGGUUUCGUUUCCCAUCAUUCAGUCUGUCUAUUUCUGUUUCCCGCAGAGUGAUGUGGAUUAUUAUUAAUGUAAAUCCAAA